AUGCACAGCUACCAGUUCUCUAUUCAAAUUUUAAACAAGAAGCUGGACUUCAGUCACGUACAGUCAAAGUGCGGAUACAAGGAUAAUCUGAAGCAUUUGCCCCAUGGAGGCAAUGUUCAAAUUCAGACUAAGAAGAUUGAUCUUAGUCAUGUGACUUCCAAGUGUGGAUCAUUGGACAACAUCCGCCACAGGCCAGGUGGUGGUAAUGUGCGCAUUGAGAGUGUGAAGCUAGGCUUCAGAGAAAAAGCCCAUUCGAAGGUCGGCUCCCUGGAAAAUGCCCACCAUAUACCUGGAGGAGGACAUGUACAGAUCGAAAGCCAUAAGAUGAUAUACCGUGACACGGCUAAAGCACGCGUGGAUCACGGAGCAGAGAUUGUGAUCGAGGCGCUCAGGCUGUCGGGCGGCACCUCCCCUCACCGGCACAGCCACAUGUCCUCGUCUGGAAGCCUCAACAUGCUCGAGUCGCCACAGCUGGCCACGCUGGCUGAGGAUGUGACCGCCGCCCUGGCCAAACAAGGCUUGUGAAUCCCCCCGAAACGUCUCCGUUCGACUUUCCCCUCCGCUCAGUCUCCAGUAGUCCCCAUCAGUGGUGUCACAGUUCACCUUUCCUCCCUCUGGUAUUUAUGGAAGACUACAGAUUCACUUCCCAUAUUCACACUUCCCUCUUCAUCAACCAACAAUCUUGCAGAGCCCUGUUGUGACUAUCUGAAUUGGAAAAAAAAUUAUUUUUUUGUUGUUGUUCAUUUUAAUGAAUAAUGACUUAGCUAGAGAGGUACCAGUGCUUUUUAUUACCCAUGUUACAUGUGACAUUUUAUGGUUGUGUACAGACAGUGACCUCAAAUGCUGGUUUAGGGUCAGCGUCAGGUGUGUUGCCUAAAAGUCGGUCGAUCAGAAUUUUUUAUAUUCGGGAAUGUGGCGCGACGAUCUCAUGCUGAACGUGUUGUUUUGCCCAUUCAGUGCAUGGACUCUAAAACAUCUCAACUGCGAGUCACGUACGAUCAAACACGAUAUACACUAUAAGGGAAUAUAUUUAUAAAUAUGCCAGCUCUUUGUCUCAACAUCUCAUGCUCAAUCAAAAAAAAAAGAUUACUCCUUAGAUAACUUGUACCUGUACAAUUGCAUUAAAAAAAAACCUAGAUAGUAUGACGAGCAUGUAUUCUAGUACACAAAAAGAGGCUAUUUUCUAUCUCAAGGGAUUUUAGUAAGUUAUUUGCUGAAACAUUGAAUAAAAAGAACACAUCAUGUUUUGUAGAUACUAGCGACGAUGUUUAGCUUGUACAUUAUUUCGGAUGACCGCCCACACCCCUGCCUUCGCAGUAACCGUUGCUUCCGUGGAUCUUUGUCGGUACACAGUUUAAGCAGAUUUGUGCGGCGACUUACACAAAACAAUGAUAUUACAGUUACGCAAAGACAUUCAAGGGCUCCAGGUAUACAUGAAUCAUGUAAGAUCUGCUCGGAUUUGCUCAGUCUUGAAAUGUGAACCGUACCGCCAUUUUUCAGAGUCGAGAUGGGACGGAUCUGUCUGAGCAAGAUGAGUGGUGCUGCGGCCCUCCUUGGGACUCUGUCGGUGUGUUAGGCCCUGUGUUUGGUUGCUGAUUCCUGCUUGGAUGCUUAGUUUUAUUUCUUAGGAAGUGGAAAAAGAAACACACAAAACGAAACUUUAAGAAGGUUACUCACUCCGCUUGCAUCUGUUUGAACACAGUACUCCAGUAUAUUUUUUCUCGUCUUUUGUGGUUCUCCCCUGCCCCUUUUCCUCUAGAACAGCUGUCAUUCGUAGGCUUCUGUGUUUUCUCGGCCCCUCUGAGCCUUACCCACCCUUUCCCUGAUUCCUUCAGCUGCUGUAAAUGUAUUUAAAAGGUCACAUAGAUGUACGCAGUUUUUCUCCUGUUGGUAUGAUACGGAUUAUAAAUGCCCUUAACAGUUAUGACAAUAAAAAUACAGAAAAUGAACAAAA